CGCCCUCGCCGCCCGCUCCGGUGCCGGUGCCGCUUGCGGCCGCGGAGCGCCGGGAUCCGCCAGCGGAGCCAGGCCGGUGCUGCGGGGGCAGAGCCAUGAGGGAGGGCUGAGCCCCCCCGGAGCUGCGCCCACCCCCAGGCAGGAUGCGGGGGGCGCAGCGGGCUCUGUGCCUGCUGCUCGUGGCCUCGGCCUCGCUGGCCGCGCUCCUGCUGCACCUCUGGGCGCCCCCCAAGGGCCCCCCCAGCGUGGACCUGCGCCGCCCCCCCCCCGAGCGGCUGCCGCCCCCCCUGGCCCCCCCCGGCCGCGCCUACCCCCACGUGCCCUUCCGGCUCAAGGAGGAGGUCCUGGAGCUGCUGCCCAGGAACGGCUGCUCGUGCGAGGCGGAGGCGGAGGCGGGGCUGGCGCUGCCGCUGCACCGGCGCCUGUUCGGGCCCGGCCCGGCGGGGCUGGACUUCGCCAGCGCCUUCGCCCCCGGGGAGCGGCCGCGGCAGCUGCGGGAGCGGGAGCGCGAGUACCGCAACUACCGGAACCGGGUGCAGACCCCCGCGGACCGGCUGCUGAUCGUCCCGGCCAACUCCCCGCUGGAGUACCCGGCGCAGGGGGUGGAGGUGCGGCCGCUGCAGACGGUGCUGGUGCCCGGGCUCAGCCUGCAGGCGCCGGCCAGGAACAGGUACCAGGUGAACCUGACGGCCUCGCUGGGGACGCUGGCGGUGGCGGCCGAGGUGGAGGGCGUGGCGCUGCGGGGGGAGGGGCAGGCGCACCUGUCCUUGGCCGCCGCCCACCUGGACCACCUGAACCGGCAGCUGCAGUUCGUGACCUACACCAACACCCAGUUCCACCCCGACACCGCCGACAUCGUGCAGUUCUCCACCGACGGCCACUCCGCCGCCUUCGCCAUCCGCAUCCGGCACCCGCCCACGCCCCGCCUGUACGGCCCGGGCAGCGCCGGCGACAGCGACGGGAACGGGGACGGGGACAGCGACAGCGGGGACGGGGGGUACAACAUCUCGGCGCUGGUGACCGUGGCCACCAAGACGUUCCUGCGCUAUGACAAACUGCGCGGCCUCAUCGCCAGCAUCCGCCGCUUCUACCCCUCGGUCACCAUCGUGGUGGCCGACGACAGCCAGAGACCCGAGCCGCUGGCAGGGCCGCACCUGGAGCACUACCUCAUGCCCUUCGGCAAGGGCUGGUUCGCCGGGAGGAACCUGGCGGUGUCGCAGGUGACCACCAAGUACGUGCUGUGGGUGGACGACGAUUUCAUCUUCACGGCCCGCACGCGGCUGGAGAAGCUGGUGGAUGUGCUGGAGAGAACCAGCCUGGACCUGGUGGGCGGCGCGGUGCGGGAGAUCACCGGUUACACCACCACGUACCGGCAGCGGCUGAGCGUGCGCGGGGGCGGCGCGGCCGGGGACUGCCUGCGCACCCGGCCCGGCUUCCACCACCGCCUCGCCGGCUUCCCCGCCUGCGUGGUCACCGACGGCGUCGUCAACUUCUUCCUGGCCCGCACCGACAAGGUGCGCCAGGUGGGCUUCGACCCCCGCCUGCGCCGCGUGGCGCACCUGGAAUUCUUCAUCGACGGCCUGGGGGUGCUGCACGUGGGCUCGUGCGAGGACGUGGUGGUGGAUCACGCCUCCAAGCUGGCGCUGCCGUGGCGGCGUUCGGAGGGCGAGCGGCAGUACAACCGCUACCGCUACCCGGCCGCCCGCGACGACAGCGUGCGCCUCAAGCAGCGCCUCUUCUUCUUCAAGAACCGCUUCAAGUGCAUGGCCGGCGACUAGCGGGGACGCCGCGACACCGGGACACCGGGCGGGGACACCGGGGACACCGGGACACCGGGCGGGGACACCCCGGGGACGCCGGGAACACCGGGGACACCGGGCAGG